GAAACAACUAAGAUUGUUAAUAAUGGCUUUAAUUUUGUAAUCAGCUUAAUUAUUGAAAGCAAUGCGCGUUAAAUGCAUUUCCUGCUGGAUUAUAAGCAUAUUCAUAGGUUUCGUCUCGGUGUGUACUGUGACGUCGCAGGUUAUCAUCGAAGAAGUUCCCUCAGACAAAGCAGCAAUAGUAGGUGAUUCAGAGGCUGUCCUAACGUGUAGAGUGUCUGCAGAAGUCCCUCACUUGAUCUCAUGGACUCUAGAUGGCAUCCCUAUAUCGUCAAACGAAAAAGUCGCGGAAGAACUUAAAAGCAAAUAUACCAUAAAAAACAAGUAUGACUUGGCGGUUAAGAACGUUCAGCUUGAGGAUGCUGGUCCAUACGCCUGCAACCAAAAUUUACCCGAUACUAAAUUCAUUGGUAUUGCAGAAUUAAAUGUAUACGGUGAGAUCGUUUGUGCAGAGGAUACAAUUAUUAAAAUGGAAAAUGAUUCUAUUUCGCUGGAAUGUUUAGUUGGAUUUGUUGGCGAUGACAAGUACAUUCCAAAAUUUGCUUGGGACUUAAAUGGAAAGCUCAUCACGUCUACAUUCGCGAAUAAAACAUUUCAGGGAAAAACAAAAUUUGUUGAAUCGGGUAUCUCAUUGGUUGCAAUACCAGAGAUGGACGGAGGGAUUAUUUCAUGUCAUUAUAAAGUACCAGCGGAAUCCGGUGGUGUUAUGAUUGCAGAUAGAUGUCGCCGAAAGGUUGUCGUAAAAUAUGCGGCAAGGAAGCCUUCUAUCCUGAUGGACUCAGAUGACGUUACAGACCUCGAACGAUUAUAUGAUAAAGAUAAACAUGUCAUACUUACUUGCACAUCAAUGGGUAAUCCAGUCCCAAGAUACACUUGGAGUUAUAAACAACUACCUACUCGUAAAAAUAUACAAAUCACAGAACCAGUGGAAAAAGAUUUAAAGUCAAAUUCAGGUGUGUUAGACCUAGGUUUCGUUAACAUAAAUCACACAGGUGUGUAUACGUGUAAAGCUAUAAAUAUUCACAACCGUGCCACCGUAGAGUCUGAAGUCAUACUAAAGGUCAUCAUAUCUGGUAAAUCAAGUACGUAUACGUGCAUUGUUGCUGGAAUAACGUGUACAGUCUUUGGAGGAGUGAUUGGAUUUGUUGUAGCGAUCGGAAUAAUAUCUGCUCUUGCCUACUGGGUGUUCAAGCUUCACAAGAAAAUUUACAAAAUGAGAAAACAAGAAUCGUCACAGGGAAAUCCUUCCGAUACUCGGUCAUCACGAUGUCCUAGCAAUGACGAGGCAGUUUCCUUUAUGGCAAGUACUCCAGGCGAAGAUGUUGAACUUCAACAAAAUACAUAUAAUUUAGUAUAAUUACAACAAGUGGUAGUUAAAAAAUCGACUCAUGCCAUAUUUUCAAUACAGAAGCAUUGCCGCCAAAGAGAAUAGUACUCAAUCCACGUAAGGCCAUAUAGGACCAAAACAUGCCAACGAAACAACCGAAGAACAUUAUUGUUGACUUCAAUGUUUCGAGUCCUUUUUUGUAAGCUACUGCCCUGCUUUGGUCAAAAGCUUAUAUUUGGCUCAAUAUACCUUUGCGAUGUUUAAGCGCGAUCCAGAGAAUCUUAACAUGUAAAAUGGUACCGAUUGAGGUAUUGAGCUCAAUGGUCAU